GGCCCAGCAAAUUUACCACCCACUUCAGUGUCACACACAGUCACCAGGCGGCUAUCGUGAGUGAAUCCCCGACGCUCCCCGAUGGUCGGCGAGUGAUCGGGGCCUCCUUGCGGCCGAUAGCAGAGCGCCAGGGAGCGCCUCAGUUCGGCAUUGGUGAGUCGGGUCGAACACAGGCCUGUGCAGAAAACUGUUGAGUAGUGAAGUUAGCAACCCUGAAGCUGUGACAUGCGGUGCUAAAAGUGUCGGAAAAAUAAGUGCAAAUGGUGUAAGAAAGCGUUUUCGAAAGACAGUCGCACAUUGUGAUCGUGUUGCGAAAGGAGGCCUUAUUGGCCUGCCGUGAACAGUGACCGUGGCAGAAGGGAGUGAAACCGACACCAGACAUCUCCACUGCGCGGCGACACGCGUUGAUUGGGUUUUGAACAUUGUAAGCAGGUGACCGUGAAGGUUAAAAAUAACCUGACCCAUACGCACAGACGAACUCAUAACAACCAGGUCAACGGGGUUCCUAACCUCCCUCGGGAACAUUCGGAAUGGAUUCAACAACGAUCGGCAUUGACCUCGGCACUACCUACUCGUGUGUGGGUGUCUUCCAGCACGGGAAGGUGGAGAUCAUCGCCAACGACUAUGGCAACAGGACCACGCCAAGCUGCGUCGCCUUCACCGAUACAGAGAGACUUGUGGGCGAAGUGGCCAGAAGCCAGGCGACGCGGAACCCGGAGAACACCGUGUUUGAGAUCAAGCGUCUGAUGGGGAGGACAUUCGACGACCCGAAGGUGCAAGAGGAUAUCAAGAACUGGCCGUUCAAAGUUCGCGACGACUGUGGUCAGCCCAAGGUUGUGGUCGAGUACAAGGGAGAGGUGAAGAAGUUCACCGCCCAGGAGAUCAGCUCUAUGAUUCUCAUGAAGAUGAAAUCAACGGCGGAGGCGUAUCUAGGAACCGAGGUGAAACAAGCGGUCAUCACGGUACCGGCCUACUUCAACGACUCGCAGCGCCAGGCGACGAAGGACGCUGCCAAGAUCGCCGGUCUCGAGGUGAAGAGGAUCAUCAACGAGCCGACAGCGGCCGCGCUGGCGUACGGCCUCGACAAGAAGCUCUCUGGGGAGCAGAAUGUGCUCGUCUUCGACCUGGGCGGCGGUACGUUCGACGUCUCCAUCCUGAGCAUCGCCGACGGCUCCACGUUCGAGGUGCUCUCCACGGCUGGAGAUACGCACCUUGGCGGCGGCGAUCUCGACAACAGGAUGGUUAAGUAUUUCGCCGAUGAAUUCAAGCGCAAGUUCAAGGUCGAUCCCACAACCAGUCCAAGAGCUAUACGCAAGCUGAAGAUGGCGUGCGAACAGGCCAAGAGGGCUCUAUCUUCCACUUCAGUAGCGACAGUUGAGAUCGACUCCUUCUUUGAGGGUAUCUACUUCUUCAGUAAGAUCACAAGGGCUCGCUUUGAAGAGCUAUGCAUUGACUUGUUCAAGCAAACGCUGGAGCCAGUCAAGCAGGCUCUCGCGGACGCUGGACUUAAAAAGUCUGACAUCCACGAGGUCGUUCUUGUGGGUGGCUCCACACGUAUCCCGAAAGUCCAGAACCUCCUCGAGGAUUUCUUUGACGGUCGAACAAUCAGCAAGAGCAUCAACCCUGACGAGGCGGUGGCGUACGGAGCAUCUGUCCAGGCCACCAUUCUUUCCGAAAACCCCACUGAUGCGUUCAACGACGUGCUACUCAUUGACGUCGUCCCACUAUCUCUGGGCACAGACGUAGGAAAACACAGCAUGGCCACCAUCAUUGAGAGAAACACCCGCAUACCAGUGACGAAGAGCCAGUCGUUCUCCACUGGAAGGGACUAUCAGACCGCGGUGCAUGUCGGCGUGUACCAGGGGGAGCGAGCUCUCGUCAAGGACAACCACAUGCUGGGUGAGUUCGUUUUCGACGGCCUGAGGUCCGCUCGGCUCGGCGAAGUGAGUGUCAACGUCGAGUUCUCCGUUGACACUGACGGCAUUCUCAACGUCAGCGCCAAGGAGAUGCAGACGGGAAAAGUGAUGACCAAGACCAUCUCCAACGACAAGAGUCGGCUGAGCCAACGCGAGAUCGAGCGUAUGCUCCAAGAGGCACAGAUGUUCCAAGAAGAGGACAACGCCAGACGUCAAGCUGUCGCCGCUCUUCAAGAGUUUGAGCAAUACGUCUACUCUGCCGGGCGAACUGUUGAAGAGUCUGGUGGCGGGCUGUCGGACGACGAAAGACGCACUGUUUUUCAGCUCACCGGAGAAGCCCAGAGGUGGAUGGACUCCAACACUCUUGCGGAGAGGGACGAAAUCCAGCACCGGUUCGGUGAGCUGAGGGAGCAGCUUGAGCCGCUUCUCAACAAAACUCGCCAGCAACCUUUCGGUGAAACACACCCCGCAAGCGAGGCACAAGGAAACACGGAACGGGAAGGGUCAACGAGACGAGCACGAGACGCGUCACCUACUGGAUCACGGGAUGGACGGCGUGAUGAACCAGAGAGUAGAUCACGUAAGGGAUCAUCCGACGGAUCUCAACAUGGAUCGAGAAAGGGGUCGCGGGACAGAUCGAGGAAAAGUCUUGGCGGAUCAAAUGAUGGAUCACGGAAAGAAUCGUGCAAAGGAGCGCGAAAGGGACGUCCGGAUAGCCCAAGAGACGGAUCAAAGGACAAAUCACAAAGUGGAUCACGACAUGGGUCACGGCACGAAUCACAAGACAGUGGAAGUCGUGACGGGUCACGUGAUGGAUCAAAGAAAAAAUCACGGAAAGGGACACGAAAGGGACAUCGGGAUAGCUCAAAACACGGGUCACAGGACGGAGCACGAGAGAAACGAGACAGAAGACGGGACAGAUCACGGACGGGGUCACGAGAGGGAUCACGCGACGGAUCACAAGAUGAUAGACGGGACGGAUCACGGAAAGAAUCACGAAGCUCAUCAUUAGACCGACGUCCGGACGAAGAACGGGGUGGAAGAAAAAAGGGGAGCAAAUCACGAAAAGGUUCACGUGACAGAUCACGAGAAAGGGGAAGUCGUGAUAGGUCACGUGAUGGGUCACUGAAAGACUCACGGAAAGGAACGCGAAAGGGACGUCGAGAGGGCUCAAGAGACGGGUCACGGGACGAAUCACGGGAGGGAUCACGGGAACGUCCACGAAAAGAAAAACGGGAUAAACGGCGGAACAGAUCACGGGAUGGAUCACGAAAUGAAUCACGUGACCAACGAGAAAAACAGCGAGACGGGCGAAGGAGCGAAUCACGAGGCGACUCACAUGAACGUCACCGCGACAGAAGAGAAAGAAAGCGAGACGGGUCUCGCGAAGGAUCACGAGACGACUCACGAGAACGUCGUCGCAAAGAAAGAAAGGACAAACGAAAGGACAAGAGAAGAAGCAAAUCACGAGACGAGUCGCGAGACAAACGACGCGAGGGAAAAAGAGACGGAAAACGGGACGGAAAAAGAGACGGAAAACGUCGAAGCUCUGAAGAACACCCCUCCUCUCUACGCCCUGGGAGCGAUAGUGACGAAGCUACUCGUCAAGACUCGAAAGAUCGCAACGAGCGAGACGAGGGCGGGAGACCUGACUCACUUCUUCAGGAUCUCCUGGGAAGAAGGAGGGCCCCACGAGCCUCCAAUUUGGGUCUGCGUGGUGGUCUGAGAGGAAAGUGGGCUCUGCCGGAUGACCUAUCCCCAGAAAGGGAAACAACCAAACCGUAUACCACUGUGGAUGAUCAGGUGGAUUAACUGGAUUUGGGAUUAGGUGGAUUGGCGUAUUAGGUGGGUGAGUGGAUUAGGUGGAUUGGAGCUUUUGUGGAUUGAGAUUAGAUGUUGGGUCACGGAUUAAGGACGAUUGCUGUGCUUGGUAGUUAUUUUCAGCAUUGCAUUCGCCAAUGUGAUGAUGAGCUUCAGUUAUGUGUUGGUUUAGCUGUUCACGUUGAAUUACUCGUAAUUUCACAUGGUGUGUCAAAAGUGGAAAUAGCCGGUGCGCCGUCUGGCAACCCGGCAGCCCGCCGCCAUAGGAAAAUUCAUGCUUUCUGUCGCUUUUUCGCCCCCUAUGAGUCACUUGAUCUAAUUAGAGCUUAACUAGGAACGAGGCGGGUCACUUGGACGUAUUCGGGAGCCGAAUACGGUGUUUUGGAGCCAAUACCUGGGAAACCCUACCCGCCCAAUGCCAGUUUUUAAGAGUCUGCAUGCCCAAAUUAACGUUGAGCGCGGCCGUUUUCGGUCGGUUUUCCGCGACCUUGUGGCGAAAUCGCCUUAUUUAUUCAACCAGGGUGGGCUAAUUCGCUUAACUAGGAAUGAGGCGUUGAAGAGAAUUAUUCAAGGAAUAGAGAUGUGCAAAAAUAUUUUUUGUAUUGUUAAAACUGUAUCCGCCCUCGAACGAUAAAUAUUGUUGACCCAUCAGAAACACAUCACCUAGAAUGCGUUUGGAAUUGGCUGGAUCUAAUAUUAGCGAGUAUCUGCUAAUGCAGUUUCUUGGCUUACAUAGUACGCACACAAGCAUGCAUACUUCCUGCCCUUGGUUAUUCCUCACUUGAAUGAAAAUUUUGCUAUAAUAACUAUUCCAAGCAGUUAACAGGUUUUAGUGCAGUGCCAAUUCGGGACCGUUCAGCGCCGCCAGUCUCCCAGGCGGCGCGUAACGGCUGCCGCCGGCCGCCGCGCCGCCGCUCUUGCAGGGUGUUUGACUUCAUAUCUCUGUUGCUAGAAAAGUUGUGGACCGAUUUACUUGAUUCUUGCAUGAAAAGAUCCGCCAUUCAAUUCUUAGCAGAUAACGAAAAUUUGACGUCAAUUGCACGAUCCGUUGCCCAUACUGUGGUACUGCCAUCUAUUGACAAGGCUGGCGAACUAAAGCCGGGCGGCUAUUUCCACUUUUGACACACCAUGAAGAACAGUUGUGCGAAUAGUUGUUCAACCGUGGCUGGUGUCCAGUAGCACAGAUUUCGUAUCUACAUUUGCGUGUGCGCUCCUGAAUGAAUAUGUUGAUUGUUCGCAAUGACCAAUAAAUAACUAUAAUCACGAAAU